UCGGAUAAACUAGCAAGCUCAGUUCUCACCCUUCAAUAGCCAGUGAACUUCGACUCGUGUGGCCAUCAUCAAGGUAGAAGCUAGAAAUGGCGGGGAAGCUGGGGCAUCUGCUGACGAGGUUGCACCUGGCCCGGAGCCGGUCGCCGUCGGCGGCGGCGGACGUGCCGAGGGGCCACCUGGCGGUGUACGUCGGCGAGGGGAGGAAGCGGCUGGUGAUCCCGACGGCGUGCCUGAGCCACCCGGCGUUCGUAACGAUGCUGAAGCGGGUGGAGGAUGAGUUCGGCUUUGACCACCGAUGCGGCGGCCUCACCAUCCCCUGCGCUGACGAGGGUGACUUCGCCGACAUCGUCGGCGGCAUGGGCGUGCAUUGAUCGUUGGAUUCCACUUCCAAUGAGGACGGAUCCUUUUGUCGUUGAGGAAUAGCUUAUUCUUCUAGGAAUGCAGUAGUAGUACUAGGCAGAUUGGGCCUGCUUGAACCCUGUAAUUCUGUAAAGAUCAUGAUUGGAAUGAGAUCUUCUCUCACGGUCCAGCCUCCAUGAACUGGGUUGCUGACAGCCAGCAUCGUUCAGACAACGAACGGAGAGCAUCUUCAGCCAAGCACCAUCACUCUGUCCUACACUCCUACUGCAAGUACAAGCUCAGCUUCUCCUCCUCGGGCGGCACUUUUCUCGCGCCGUGAAGUAACAUCUACUGGACUUGCAGCCAUGAUCUGACUAGUAAGAACACGACCCUUUUCGUGACUAGUAGUAAGAGCAUGACCCUUUUCGUAAGAACAUCUACGGCAGUUGCAGCAGAGCUGCUGGGCAAAGCUGAAGCCGAGAGGCGUGAGUGGUGCAAGCUUGGGCGGCUGGGAGGAGAGUGAGGGAAGCAAGAGGCGGCCCAACUCGGCGGC